UCCCGCCUGCCGCCCACACCAUCCAUCCACCCCCUGUCGCCGCGUCCCACCCCUCCCUCACCACCGUCCGUUCACUCAACCGCACUCUCGUUCUCUCUCUCUCGUCUCCUUCCAUCUCCCUCCCUCUCCCAAUUCCAACUCCCCUCCUCAUCCCCCCACACGAUACCAACCAUGUCUGGCGAGAUCGGUAUCGCAAACUUGCCCAACCAGAGGCACAAGAUCGUCAACCAGCGCGGCGCGCACUUCACUAUCAUGGUGGUCGGCGAGUCGGGUCUUGGCAAGACAACCUUCAUCAACACGCUGUUUGCGACCGAGAUCUCGAACGCCCGCAACUACCGCCAGCGCUUCGCCAAGCAGCUCGACAAGACCACUGAGGUCGACAUCCUGCGUGCUGACCUCGAGGAGCGCGGCUUCAACAUGCGCCUCACUGUCAUUGACACCCCUGGCUUCGGAGACUACGUCAACAACCGCGACUCGUGGGCACCGAUCGUCGAGUUUAUCGACGACCAGCACGAGUCGUACAUGCGUCAGGAGCAGCAGCCUAUGCGUAUUACCAAGCAGGACCUGCGUGUGCACGCUUGUCUCUACUUUAUCCGUCCAUCUGGCACCACGCUGAAGCCCCUCGACGUGGAGGUUAUGAAGCGUCUCGGCACGCGCGUUAACCUCAUCCCCGUUGUCGCCAAGGCCGACACCCUUACCCCCGAGGACCUGCUCUUCUUCAAGCAGCGCGUCCGUGAGGUUAUCCACGCCCAGGGCAUCAAGGUGUACACCCCGCCCAUCGAUGUCGACGACGACGCUGCCGCCGACAACGCGCGCCUCAUGCAGGCUAUCAUGCCCUUCUCGGUUAUUGGCUCGACCGACGACGUGCGCACCACCGACGGCCGUGUCGUCAAGGGCCGUCAGUACCUGUGGGGUGUGGCCGAGGUUGAGAACGAGGACCACUGCGACUUCAGAAAGCUCCGCUCGCUCCUCAUCCGCACCUACAUGUUGGACUUGAUCUCGUCUACAGAGGAGACGCACUACGAGGCCUACCGCCUGCAGCAGAUGGAGACGCGCAAGUUUGGCGAGCCCAAGGUUAAGAAGCUGGACAACCCCAAGUUCAAGGAGGAGGAGGAGGCGCUGCGCCGGCGUUUCACCGAGAACGUCAAGGUCGAAGAGGCCCGCUUCCGCCAGUGGGAGCAGCACCUUAUCGCCGAGCGCGACCGCCUCAACAAGGACCUCGAGCAGGCCCACACGUCUAUCAAGGCUCUCGAGUCGGAGAUCGACAACAUGGCCGCCUACCACCGCCAGGGCGGUACCGUUCGCCGCUAAAAACGGCGCACUCCCCACGAUGUUCAUGACCCCCUCACGCCGAAGAACCCGUUUUCACUCUUAUCCCCCCUCUUUUUACGAAAUGUGCCGCAUAGCGGCCGCUAAUACCGAGUCGAAAGCGGCCAUAGUAUCGUCGGAUGAUGUUAUACCCUGUCGAGUGAAGAGGUGUGUGCGGCGUGUGGGUGUGUGCGAUGCGUUUUGGUUGUUGGCGAGGGCUGAAUGAGGCAUGAGGUUGCGGGGUCAAGGGCGAAGUCUGUCAAGAAGCGGCAUUCAUGCCGAGUGCGCGAUGAACAGCGAGAAGCAUUGAUCUGCAUGACUAGGCGUACUGUAUAGGCGAACUCGCUCGUGUCUGUCAUGGACGUUGCCUGUAAAAC